AUGGCGAAGGAACUAAGAGAAACCCAGGUGGAGAGAAUCAUAGUAAUGGUUGACAUACGAGAUUUGAAGCAUAUUCACACCUUGGUCAACAAAAAACUAUAUCUUGCAGCCAUUAGAGACUGUGUAUGCAAGAUAUUACUUGAAAACAGUAAUAAGACAGUGUGGGCAUUUAAGCUGUUUGAUUCCUCUAUGUGGCCUUUUCGUUCAAGAUCUUACAUUGAGCAAACUAUUGGUAAACGAGCAGGUCAUGUGCAUUUCAACCCAACUACGCAAACAGAUGCUUUUCUUUCAGCACUGAAAUCUCUGGCUACUGCAAACUUUGGAGCACUCUGUUGUCCAGAUUUUGUGCAUGGUGGUCGACUUCAUUUUAUUUCACGAUCUUUGCUGGAGCUUGGGUAUGGAAGAGCUUAUAUUGUUGUGGACAUAGACAGUAAGAAAAAGGACCAUCCUAUUCCCUGUAAGAAGAAUUUGGUGGUUUUGUUCUCGCCAUUUCCAUGGACAAGGAAUGGUUUCAGAGAUUUUCUUAAAGAAGACAAACCAGGAGCUGUGCUAUCUCCUUGGAGUUUUGAAGACGAUCCAUGGGAGCAAUUUUGCAUGAAAUUAAGGUCAGCUAAAAGAGAAUUUGAGUCCAGAGAUGUACACUUCUGUUGGAUUGACAUUCCCCCAAUCUUUCCAGCCCAGGAAGUAAUAGCAUGCGAAAUAAACCCAGAACAAGUUAUAGAGGCCUUCAAGACAAUGCACUGGAGUUUUCAAACCAUGGAUGCCCUUCUAGUGGCAUCCAAAUUGGUGCCCUUUCAGCUAAUUUGGCCUGCCAUUGUUUAUUCCAGCAACAUGUUUCCCUCUGUGCCAUCUAAGACUUGUGGAGAAGUAUUCUUGGAGAUCAAAGGAAUUGAUGGGAAACCUGUGAGGGGUAGAGUCUGCAAAGUUCAAUGCAUUGAUUUGGAGAGAAGUAAUUCGGACUUUAUUCAAGAUUCAAAAGCUUGCAUGGAUCAUCUUGGUGGAUUGGAUUUGUCCACAGUUGUUCUAAAAAAUAAAAAUGAGAGGAGGAUCCUGAAUUCUAGCAUUGUGAAGCUUCAUGUUGCUGAGCUUUUUCGGAAGGAUAAAUGCCCAGACCUGAGCAGUGUUAUAUGUGAGUGUGUUAUGCUUCGAAAUUUAAUCUCCGGACAGAAAGUGGAGGGAAUUUUUGAUGGAAUUGUGGAUGAAAUGCUGGAGAGGCUUCAACAGAGACAGUGUGAAUUUGUGCGUGGAAAACCUGUUUGGCAGCUGCUUAUGGCAUAUUUAUCAUGCCAAAAAUGUAUUGCUUUGGUUACUGUUUCUGAUAAUGGAUCUCAUUCCCAUGCCAUUUUGGACCCUUUCACUGUCCAUACUGCCUUUCUCUAUAUAUUAAACUCUAAUGUGCAGCUUGCUAUUACUAGUAUUUCAUCCACAGAUAAUAAUGUUGAAGUGCCUUAUGUGAAAGAGAAUGCUGAUAAUUGUCUGCAAGCUUUUCAAGAAAAUCAUGAAGCAAAUUCAAAGGAAACAGUUACAAGUAAACUGUAUAGGAGAAAAAGGGCCAGUACAAGAUACAACUUGAACCAGACUAUGAACUCCAAGAGAUUGAAAGGCUCUGACCUUAAUAUCUAUAAAUGUGAUACAUGGGAUUCAUUAUACUCUGCCAUUGUUUUGAGGUUGUGCAAGGAAGAUCCUAGCAAUAUUGAACUUAAUCCAGCUAUAAAACUGGAAAGUAGAUAUAAAAGUAACCAGAAAUCCAAGAUUCUAAAGCUAGUAAGCUCCUGGUUUAACCAGAACUCUAGAAAAUUGGGUGUUGAUCACAAUGUACAGCUAAAAAAUCACAAUGAAGAGGAAUCAAUAGAGCCAUCUCCAGUAGAUACAGAAUCAAUAUGGACUAAAGGGGAAGGAGAAUCUUACAUUCACAUGGACUCUGAGCAUGUUGAUAUUAUUCUUAGUUCAGAAAAUGCAGUCUCAUUUAUUGGUUCUCUAGAAGAAAAAAUUCAGCAUGGCCUUUCUAACAUGGAAGUUGAUUUGGGUGCACUAGCAAACCGCCUUGUCCAGUUAUUGGUACAGAGUAUGGAGAUCCAAUCCACGGAAGAGGAAGAGAGUCAUGACAUUGAGAAGACAUCAAUAUUUGAGAAGCUUAUGAGAUUGCUGCUGAAGAAGCCAGAGGAUUUAGCUACCAAGUACAAGGGAUGUUUGCUUCCACUAUCUAAUCCUCAGCCAGGGGCUUUUGAUCUACCUCCUACUUACACCUCGGAAGUCAAAGUUAGAGAGUAUCUUUUUUCUUUAGGUUUUAUAGAAGUGACUGAUUGUCUUUGUCCACUUCAACUGCAUUUUCUGAGCACCAUAAUGAGUAGAAUUCAUAAUGCUUAUAGAGACGGCCUUCAUAUAAAUUGCAGAUAUGAAUUGCAAAUCUUAUUUCGGAUGGAGAUACUUGCAACAACAAGAUCAUGCAUGGGAACGGAUGGAAAUGAAAUUCAAUUAACAGAGGACAUCUGCAAGCUUUUGGAAAACAUCCAAUUUAAUCUACCAGGAGGGAUAAUGGAGGGGCAGAACCUCAUUGAAUUUUGUGAUAGAGUAAUCAAAUUCAGAUAUGUGGACUCUCUUUAUGAAGCUGUUGAAAAAAUUUACGAGCAAAUGGACUUGGGCUCCAUGGAUGCUGCUUCCAUUACAUCAUCUCCGAAGGACUGGUUAGCUGGGAACCAAGUGAAUAGUGAAAAGAGCAAGGGCCAGAAGAAAAAGAAACUACCCCGCAAAACUGAAGAUGACUAUGAAACUAAGAUGAAAAAAGCCGAGAUGAAAAGAGACAGAGCCAGAAGAUUUUCACAUUUUUCUAGCAGAGCUUCAAAUUUAGAACGCAUUUGGACGCCAAAGACUCCAGCUCAGCAGAAAAAGUGCUAUACUAUCACUAACAAGUUUCUAAAAGAUGAUGUUGAUUUAAAGAAUGCAAUUCAAACUAAAACUGAAGACCUGUUUAGAGAUGAGGUAGAUGCCACGAGUGAAAUGUCAAACAGUACUAUUGAAGAAUCUGUAGAUUAUCAAGUUAGAAAUUUUGUUGACAGGCAUGACAGCAAUGAUGACAAUGAUGAUGACAUCGACUGUAUUCCGGAAUCUCCUUAG